GCCUGGGUGAGACAGAGGCUGCUGGAGGUCCCUAUUCUGAGUGUCAGAGCUGUAGUAAGGAUGAACAAGAUGAAAAAUGAUGAACAUAAGACUGAGAUGAUCUUAAACUAUGCAUUAGAAAUCAUCUACAUGUUGACCGGAGAGGAAUAUACAGUUGUGAAGAAGAAUUCUCGGAGCAGAAGACGUAACAUUCAUUUGGUCACAGGAGAGGUACCUGUGAAGUGUGAUGAUGUUGCAGUCUAUUUCACCAAAGAAGAGUGGGAGUACUUACAGGCACACAAGGAUCUGUACCAGGAUGUGGUAAACACUGAUCAACAGACGUUCAGUACUGUUGGAAUUAUGGCAAACAGCAGCGCAGGUUCCAUCACAAAACAUCUGCAUAGACGCAUUGGUGUACGAAAAAUCACCCUGCUGUCGCCACAGAGCAGGCAUCGAAUUAUUAAAAGAACACGUCUGCACUUAUCCGGUUCUGCACAGUUUACCCAAUUGGUACACAGUAUUGCUAAUCUUGGAAGACGAGUGGCUAAAAUUGAUAGAAGCAUAUACCACAUAUUAAAGGAGUUUAAAAAUAAGAAUGCAUUGUUUCCUGGCGAUCAUUUUCAAGUGCCUGACAAAUUCCAAACACAAUUUCAGGAAGAUGAGGGGAUAUUUGGAGAUUGUCAGGAACCCAUUUACCAACCUACUGAGACAUCACUGCCAAUAUCUUCUUUUACAUCGUUAUCUUACCCGCAAGAUAUGAUUGAUCCAUUUGCGAAAAUGUCUGCACCAACAUUACCAACCAAUGACUUCUCACCUCUUAAUAGCCCCUCUUUCACUAUUCGUUCUGAAGUUUCAGAACAUUCUCAUACACACAGCCCAUGUACGGCAGAUUCUACUGGAGAGACCUUACCAGAUACUCCUCCCUCUGUGGUACCAUUAGCUUUGCAUACUUCAGCAAAAUUACCCUCCACAGCCACUAUUGCAGUACCACCCGAAAACACCACUUCUUUUCCAAACCACUUAAGGAUUUCAGAAAAGAAGCAGGCACACCAUGACAACACAUGUGCAACACAUUUCAAUAGGGAUGCAGAAGAUGACAUCCUUUCAUCUACUGGCUUACUAAGUCAACGUACUACAGCAAGACUACCACGUUUGCCCAGUUCAUCAAAUAAUGACUAUGCAAAUGUCAAAGGUCCUGCUUUUAUUGUUGUAUCGAAAAUUUUAGAGCAACAGCAAGCACAUAUGGAGAGCCUCCGUACCCCAGAUUGCGUUGGAGAUCCAUUACCGGACAUUCCCCUGGCAUCUAUGUCUGUGGGUUUGUUGAACAAUUUUAAGAUGCAGAGUCGUGGACAACCUCAUCGAUACGCUCAGCUCUUAUUUCAGCAUCACGUACCUUAUUCAGUAUAUAAAACAUGGACGCACAACACCAACUAUGAUGGUUCUAGGGGUAAGCAUGCACUGCCUAAAAACUUAAAGCGUUUAAUUAUUACAGAAACGUCUGCUGCAUUUAAACUGACUCCCCCAGUUUUGAAGAAAAUUAAAGACACGUUAAAUGGUCUACUACGAAUACCGAGAACGGGUGGCUGGGAUUCAAACUCAGAUUUUAUAUGAAUCCAUUUUGGAUUUAAACAUUGUUUUGUAAGUAAUGUAUAUUUUGUUAAAGAUAUAUAUGAGUUUAUGUAAAAAGGAGUACUGUGUAUAUAAUGGUAAAUGAGAUUUAGUCUUUCUUAUUACAUUUAUAAAGAAAUAUUUAUAUCUGACAAACAAGAUUCUAAUUGUAUAAGGACACCGUUUACUAGAAUUCACAAAAACAGACCCUGAAUAUAAAAGGGAGAGAGCUUUGGUUCUCUUUAUAUAAUUCUCAUUUAUAUAAGUGAACUAGUCAAGAAAUGUUGGAAUUCAUU